CAGUGAGCAGGAAUCACUUGUGUUAUUGUUAAUGCUGCAGUUAAAAAGCUCCAGGGCUGCUGCACACUUCCUAUUUGAGGCACAUUCAAAUUAUUCAUUUAGCAGAGGCUGUUAUUCAAACGAAGCGACUUAAGCAGUUCGUCCUGAAGAGACAACAAGAGAAGUGCCGCUUCACAAGAAGUUUCAAGAUUGCUCAGAAAAGCAAGACAGAGAAGCAGAGAACAGAACAGACUGUGCACAACUUGACCUUGUCAGGUAAUGUCUUAUCAGUCUAAUAAAGGGGAAGAUAGUGUUGGAGGUGUGGACUGACUGCACUGAUAGAAGAGCCCCUCUGACAUGAGAGAAUCGCCACUGAGAGCAGCUCAGCACAACAGAUACAGCCAAACUGAAGAAUGAAGAAAAAUAAAAGUAAAAACUCUCCAGAAAAAAACACAUCACACAAAGCUGAUGAAGAUGCUGACCUCAAGAAAGGCAGCGACAAAACAAAAGAGAAAGCUCUGACCGUUGGAUUCUUUCAGCUGUUCCGCUUUGCCACAUGGAAGGAAGCUCUGAUGAUGGUGGUGGGAAGCGUGUGCUCUCUGGUCCACGGCGCCGCGUCCCCUCUCAUGCUGCUGGUGUAUGGCAUGAUGACCAACACCUUUGUGGACUAUGAGCUUGAGGUUCAGGAACUGACCAACCCGAACAAAACCUGCGUCAAUAACACCAUUACCUGGCUGAACGGGUCUGUGGUCGAGCGGCCGGACAACACCACCACGUACUGUGGUGUGGAUAUUGAGGCUGAGAUGACCAAGUUUGCAUUUUACUAUGUUGGAAUUGGAGCUGGAGUCCUUAUCCUGAGUUACUUUCAGAUCUCUCUCUGGGUUUCUGCUGCCGCCAGACAGAUCCAGCGCAUCCGGAAAAUGUACUUCAGGAAGAUAAUGCGCAUGGAGAUCGGCUGGUUCGACUGCACCUCCGUCGGGGAGCUGAAUACGAGAAUAUCUGAUGACAUUAACAAAAUCAACAACGCUAUAGCAGACCAGGUGUCCAUCUUCAUCGAGAGGAUCUCAACAUUCAUAUUUGGUUUCAUGGUGGGAUUCAUUGGCGGAUGGAAGCUGACACUGGUGGUGAUAGCAGUGAGUCCUCUCAUAGGACUGGCUGCAGGACUUAUGGCAAUGGCUGUGGCGACGCUGACGGGUCGUGAAUUGAAGGCCUAUGCUAAAGCCGGAGCGGUGGCUGAUGAAGUCCUUGCCUCCAUCAGAACGGUGGCCGCCUUUGGAGGAGAGCACAAAGAGGCAGAGAGGUAUGACAAGAACCUCAUCGAGGCCCAGGCGUGGGGUAUUAAGAAGGGAGCGAUCAUCGGUGUGUUUCAGGGCUACCUCUGGUGCAUCAUAUUCCUGUGUUACGCUCUAGCUUUCUGGUACGGCUCAAAACUGGUCAUUGAAACCAAGGAGCUUACACCCGGCGGUCUCGUUCAGGUGUUUUUUGGUGUUCUCAUGGGUGCCAUGAAUCUGGGCCAGGCCUCUCCAUGUCUUGAGGCAUUUGCCUCUGGUCGCGCUGCAGCUAAGAGUAUAUUUGACACUAUUGACAGAGAACCAGAAAUCGAUUGCUUCUCAGAAGAAGGUCAUACGUUAGACAAAGUUAAAGGUGACAUUGAAUUCCACAGCGUUCACUUCAACUAUCCCUCCCGUCCUGAAGUAAAAAUAUUAGAUAAUUUGAAUGUUGUGGUCAAAGCUGGCGAGACAACUGCAUUUGUUGGACCCAGUGGAUCGGGAAAGAGCACAACGAUCCAACUCAUCCAGAGGUUCUAUGAUCCAAAAGAAGGAAUGGUCACCCUGGAUGGUCAUGACAUCAGAAGCCUGAAUAUCCAGUGGUUGCGCUCCCUUAUUGGAAUAGUGGAACAGGAGCCUGUUCUGUUCGCCACUACGAUCGCUGAGAACAUCCGAUAUGGCCGACGUGGAGUCACCAUGGAAGAGAUUAUAGAAGCCGCCAAACAGGCCAAUGCUUACAACUUCAUCAUGGAUCUUCCUCAGAAAUUUGACACACUGGUCGGCGAGGGUGGUGGACAAAUGAGCGGAGGGCAGAAACAGAGGAUCGCCAUCGCUCGAGCGUUGGUAAGGAAUCCCAGAAUCCUCCUAUUAGACAUGGCCACAUCAGCGCUGGAUAAUGAGAGUGAGGCUAUCGUACAGGAGGCCUUGGACAAGGCUCGACAGGGAAGAACAACUAUCAGCAUCUCACACCGUCUGUCCACAAUCCACAAUGCCGAUGUGAUCGUGGGCUUUGAGCAUGGACACGCUGUAGAGAGAGGAACGCACAGCCAGUUACUGGACAGAAAGGGAGUGUACUUCACCCUCGUCACACUCCAGAGUCAAGGAAAGGAUACAGACAGUGAUAAACCAGAGAACACUGCUGAGAUGAUCAUUACGGAGGAGGAUGGACUUGAGAAAGUACGAAGCUUCAGCAGAGGAAGCUAUCAGAGCAGCUUAAGGCGGUCUUUGAGACAGCGAUCUCAUUCUCAGAUGUCAAACAAAAUUCCAGAUGCCAUUUCUGGAAAAUUCGCAUUCCACUUUGACCGUUACGAGAUGGAGGAAAUUGAAACAAACAACAAGAAAGGCAAAGGUGAUGCUGAAGAGGUCAUUGAACCGGCUCCUGUGGCACGAAUCCUGAAGUAUAACCGUCCUGAGUGGCCGUAUAUGCUGCUGGGCUCUUUAGGUGCUGCCAUCAAUGGAUCGGUCAACCCCAUCUAUGCUCUUUUAUUCAGUGAAAUCCUUGGGACAUUCUCCAUUCAAGACCUAGACGAACAGAGGAGGCAGAUAAACGGGAUUUGUAUUUUGUUUGUCAUCAUAGGACUCCUGAGCUUCUUUUCACAGUUCUUGCAGGGCUACUCAUUUGCUAAAUCAGGAGAGCUGUUGACUCGUCGGCUGAGGAAGGUCGGCUUUCAGGCAAUGUUGAGGCAAGAGAUUGGCUGGUUCGAUGACCCCAUAAAUAGUCCUGGUGCUCUGACUACCAGACUAGCCUCCGAUGCCUCCAUGGUGCAGGGGGCUACAGGUUCACAGAUCGGCAUGAUUGUGAACUCACUGACCAACAUUGGCGCUUCUUUCAUUAUUGCGUAUUACUUCAGCUGGAAACUGAGUCUAGUGGUCACCUGCUUCCUCCCUCUCAUUGGCCUCUCUGGAGUUUUUCAGGCUAAAAUGUUGACAGGAUUUGCUAAUGAGGACAAAAAUGCAUUGGAGGCUGCUGGACAGGUGUCCAGUGAAGCUCUGAGCAACAUCAGGACCAUCGCCGGCUUGGCCAAAGAGAAACACUUUGUGUCUCAAUAUGAAAAGCAACUAGAAACACCAUAUAAAGGGGCAAAGAAAAAAGCUCAUGUUUACGGGAUCUGUUUCGCAUUUGCCCAGUGUGUCAUUUUCAUGGCCUUCGCUGCCUCUUUUAGAUACGGCGGCUAUCUGGUCAGUAACGAGGGACUUCCAUACAUGAUGGUGUUCAGAGUCAUUUCAGCUCUCGUGACCAGCGCGACCGCACUCGGCAGAGCUUCAUCUUUUACACCAGACUAUGCCAAGGCUAAGAUUGCUGCUGCCCAACUUUUCAAACUGCUGGAUAGGGUUCCCAAAACUAGCCUGAGCAAAACAGAAGGACAGAGUUGGGAUGACUUUAAGGGCAAAGUGGAAUUCAAAGGGUGCAGUUUCACGUAUCCCAGCAGGCCAGACAUCCAGGUUUUGAGGGGGCUGGAGGUGUCAGUACAUCCAGGACAGACUCUCGCUUUUGUGGGCAGCAGCGGCUGCGGCAAGAGCACCAGCGUUCAACUGCUGCAGCGGUUCUACGACCCAGAUGGAGGACAAGUGCUGAUCGAUGGACGUCCAUCUGAGAGCAUCAGCGUUCCCUUCCUGAGGUCUCAGAUUGGGAUUGUAUCCCAGGAGCCGGUGCUGUUCGACUGCAGUAUCGCAGAGAAUAUCCAGUACGGCGAUAAUUCUCACACCGUGAGCAUGGAGGAGAUUAUAGAGGCUGCUAAGAAGGCUUAUCUGCACGAUUUUGUGAUGACACUUCCUGAUAAAUAUGAAACUCAGGUCGGUGCUCAAGGCUCUCAGCUGUCCCGCGGACAGAAACAGCGCAUAGCGAUCGCACGAGCCAUCGUCAGAAACCCUAAAAUUCUGCUGCUGGAUGAAGCCACCUCUGCACUCGAUACUGAGAGCGAGAAGACUGUUCAGGCAGCGCUGGAUGUAGCGCGGCAGGGACGCACGUGUAUCGUCAUAGCCCACAGGCUUUCCACCAUUCAGACUGCUGACAUCAUUGCUGUGAUGUCACAGGGCGUGGUCAUUGAGAAAGGGACCCACGAGGAGCUCAUGGCCAAGAAAGCAGCAUACUACAAACUUGUCACCACAGGAGCCCCUAUUAGUUAAAACAAUAUAGUGUUUGGACAAGACAUUUAGUCCUGCCUCAAACUCAUGCCAUUACUUGAGCCAAUGUUGAUCCGGCCGCUCAAACAGACUGCAAUUGUUGAGGUGUUUAUUGAUAUGUAUUUAUUGAGAAUGUAUUUUUAUUGUCAUGACAAUAUCCUUGAACUUCAUUUUUUUUAAAUUAUAGUUAGAUGGUUCAGGUGUGGUUAGUCAGCCUGGUAUUUCCAGAAACUGAAUGAAAAUGCAAAAUUGAUUUAUGCAAACGGUUGUAAAGUUUCUGCAUAUUUUAGACAUUACUAUAUCAGUCAGCUGAAGAUAUGGUGUCCUUGAACUAUAGUGUCAAUAGUAGUGGACCGAUAACAUGUUCUUAAUCACUGAUAUGUUUAUGCUCAGUCAUUGUUUCUGUAGUGUCAUAUGUGAUGUAUUUUUUUUGUGUCUGUCACUUUGCAGAUGCUUUGUCCAAUGAUGUGCACAUAUUAAAACGACCUUUAUGAAACCA